UAUAGAGAGAGAAAUGAAAGAAACAUAUAUGGAGAUAGAAGAAGAUGAAAGCGAGCUGUUUGAGAUUAAUGUUCGGGUGGGCGGCGGGAAUUUGUCGACGAUUAAAGAGGAGUAUGAUGAUCGGAGUAUGUUUUCCUUUGAUUUCCGCGGCGGAAGAGACGAGGAUGAAGACAUCGUCCAUGUUGCUAUCUCCGGCACCGGCGCCGGCGAAUCAACCAGUAUGGAAGCUCUGAUCUGGACCCUCAAUAAUAUUGCAGACGUAUCUUCAUCUUCUUCACCAUAUCAUAAUAAUAAAACAGUGGUUUUCCUCGUCUACAUCUAUCCUCAACUGCGCUUCAUCCCUACGCCUUUGGGAAAUUUUCCAAUAAGUAAAGCAAACUCAGCUCAAAAACAACUCCACAUCGAACUAGAAAAAAACAGAAGACAAGAAUAUCUUCAGAAGUUUAUCGAUUUGUGUUCUACAUCACAGGUUAAGGUGGAGAUUCUAUCUAUAGAAAGUGAUUCAGAAGGAAAAGCCUUAGUUGAUCUCAUUCCCAUCCUCAAUAUGAGAAAGCUCAUCAUAGGCAUCCCCUCCUCAAAAAACAUGAAGAAACGAAACGGGUUGAGAGAUUAUGUGGUUAAAAAUGCCCCCGAGUUUUGUGAAGUGAAGAUUAUAUGUGGAGGUGAAGAAGAGGUAAUAUUGAUGUCAAACAAAUAUUAUGAUUCUUCAAGCAAUGUGGAGAUCAAUUCUUCAUCGAGUAGCAGUCUUAGUCCUAGUCCCAGUCUUAAUAAUAAUCUUAUACCCCGACCAGAUGAUGAUGAUCAUAAAAUAUUUCACUCUUUUCAGUUAUUCAAAUGCCUUUGGGGAUGAUCAAUUAGUAGCUAGCUGGAUGAUGAUCAUGACCAGCUUGUUGAUGAAAGAUUCAUUGUUUCUUCCACUCAACAAUAUGUAUGAUUUUUUCUUCAUCUUUAUUUGGUUUUGCUAGCUAGAUGAAGAUGAUGAUUGAUGUAAUGAAAGGUGAGAUGUAAAUACAUAUUAAUUUGAAAUGCAAAUCUAGCUGAUUUUGAUUUGCAUAUACAUAUAUAUAU